UUUGGGUAUUGGAUUUUUUCGUUUAUAAACUAUACAACCAUGUUUUGGUCAUGGCUGUUGGAGUCUGUUCUCAACAAGGUACCAUUGCCGUUUGCAGCCAAACAGCCCCUAACAGACCAACCUAAACCUACUUCUCUUUCUUUCCCGGGGAUAACGGCAUUGUCAUCGGAGAAAAGAUGCUUCUACGAGGUCCUCGGCGUGAACUGCGACUGCACCGCCGACGAGAUCAGGUCGGCUUUCAGGAAGCUCGCACUGCAACGCCAUCCUGACAAACUCGUCCGAUCCGGCGUGCCGGAAUUUGAAGCAACCGCUAUAUUUCAGGAGCUUGUGAACGCUUACGACGUUCUCUCAGACGCGCAGGAGCGUGCUUCGUACGAUUCGCAGCGCUCUGCCUAUCAGAUACUCUUCUCCAAUUCCGAUCCAAAGAGUUCGUCUAAUUACUCCGGUUCCGUUCCCGAUCUGUCCUCCUUCUUUUCAAAUUCAGUGUAUUCUGGAUAUUACGAUGAGAGGAAAGGAUUCUACAAGGUGUACGGUGAUCUCUUCGAGAAAAUCUACCACCGUGAGUUGAAUUUGGCUAGGAAGUUAGGUACAAAUUUGCCGGAAGAAGCUCCUAUUAUGGGAAAUAUGCAGAGUCCUUAUGCUCAGGUUACAGCAUUCUAUAACUAUUGGUUAGGAUUCGCUACUGUGAAUGAUUUUUGUCAGUCAGAUGUGUACAAAUCGACUUUGGCAUCGGACAGAAACUCCAGACGGAUGAUGGAAGAUAUGAACAAGAAGCUGAGGAAAAAGGCGAAAAGGGAUUACAAUGUGACUGUUAGAGGAUUAGCGGAGUUUGUUAGAAGGAGAGAUAAGAGAGUGAUUGAGAUGCAGAUUAAGAGGAAUGAAGAACUUGAGAAGAAAAAUGAAGAAGGACGCAAGAGAAUGGAGGAAUUGGAAAGAGAGAAGGCUGAGAGAGCAAGAAACUACGUAGAGCCUGAGUGGACGAGAACAGAGGAAUUACAAGAUGGAGGCGUCGAAGAGGAGUCGGAGGAGGAGGAGGACGAAGAGGAGGAAUUGUACUGUAUGGUGUGUGGGAAGAAGUUCAAGAGUGAGAAACAAUGGAGAAAUCACGAGCAGUCCAAGAAGCAUAAGGAAAAUGAGAAAAUGGCAGCUUUGAGAUGACGAAGAUGAUGGACGGAGCAAGUACCUUGCGUGUAAGUUUACGAUUAUAUAUCUUUUAAAUAUUUUGAAUUGUUAAUUUAUAAUAUUUUUUUA